AAUAUUUUAAAUAUUCAAUAUAACAAUGAUGUUAAAUUAAGGAUUUUUUAUUUAGCUCAAGGUAUUUUAUCAGAUUUAUUCAAAUAGAGAAACUUCUAAUGAAUUCAUUUGCCAAUAUUUUGGAAUUACUCAAGAUCCUAUUACCAAGGAUAUUAUGAUUAUUAUGCCAUAUUAUGACUUAGGUGACUUGAUACGCUACAUAAGUAAUGAUUUUUAUAAUAUUUGUUGGGAUACAAAGUUGUUUAAAUUACGUCGUAUAAUAUAUGCACUUAAUAAUAUCCAUAAUUCAGAUAUUAUUCACAGAGAUUUACAUAGUGGAAAUAUCUUUAUAAGUGGAAGGUUUGCAUAUAUAGGUGAUCUGGGAAUAAGUAAAUCUGCAACUGAAUCUACAGAUAAUAAUGAGAAUUAUGGUAUUAUUCCUUAUAUGGCACCAGAGAUUUUUCAAGGACAAAAAUAUACAAAAGCUUCAGAUAUAUAUAGUUUUGGAAUGAUUAUGUGGGAGCUUAUGACAGGUAGAAGACCUUUUUGGGAUCGAAAUCAUAAUACAUAUCUUAUUAUUGAUAUUUGUGAUGGUUUACGACCACCAAUUGUCACAAAUGCACCUGAAGAAUAUAUUGAAUUAAUGAAAGAAUGCUGGCAUUCUGAUCCGGAGAAAAGGCCAACAGCCAUUUAUAUAUUUAAAAAACUUCUUAAUAUGUCGGGUUUGAUAAUUGAAAUUGUAAAAUCAUCAGAUAUUGGUCCUGUAACAACUAAUCAUUCAGGUGCUGUUUAUAGGAGUAGACCUUUAAAUAAAAUGAUUCAUUCCGCAAUGUCUUUAAGGAGUUCAAGAAGUCUGCUGUCUACAAAUUUAGAAACUGGUAAAAGAAAGUUUGAAGAUCUAGUUACAAAAAAUGAUGACGAUGGUCAAUGUAUCAAAAAGAAAAAUUUAUGUGAAAAUGAAAUUAAUGAAUAUCUUACGAACGAAAUUGAAUUUGAUGUUAAUGUGAAUUUUAAUCAAUCCCAUAAACCUCAUAAUAAAGAUUACAUCACUCUGGAAUUUGAACUUGAUAUCGAUUUUAAUAAUCCUUGAAUUUUAUUUUUUUCUGUAUAUCAGAUAUAAAUUUAUAGAUUUUUUAUUUUAUACUAUAGAGGGUAGAAAUUAUUAAUAGUUAAAUAUUAGUCAUAGAUAAAUGUUAUGCAAGUCUUUUAAAAACUUGUUGUCACCUGAUCACCACGUUUGAGGUGCAGAAGAAACAUUGAUCAGGAGGGAAAGGGGAAAACGAAAGGGAAAGGAAAAACGAGAGGAAAGAGGAAAAUGAGAGUGAGAGGGAAAACAAUAAACCACUUUUUACAAUAGACGAUUAUUUUAAUAGAAUAAUUAAUUAUAUACGUUAAAGUAAAUAUAUUAUAAUUACAAAGAAUG